UAAUAAGUUUACUUGGGACAUUUGAAUUUACCAAUUUAGUCAAUAUCCACCUCUCCGUUCACCCCUAAUUCUCUCCUGGGUCUCAGACUCCGUCGGCCGAAUUAAAGGCCUGUGGUCCUGUGACUGAAGGAGAAUGGAAUGGCAGAACUUGAAUUUCCACUUCCCCCUUUCUCACAGCUCCCUACCACAAUUAAAGAAUUGGCUUCAGGAACAAACGAGUGCUUUUCUGUAGUGGGGGUAGAAACACGGGGGGGGGCAAUGGGAAGGAGCCUGAUUAAGGGCGGGGCCACAACUUGGGGAGGGGAGCAGACUGACAGGGGUAGGAGACAGAGAGAAAGGGAGAAAGUGGUUGGGAGGGAGAGCGAGAAAGCAGGAGGGAGAGAGAGAGGCAAACAGAAAGUCAGGAGAGAGAAAUGAGGGGAAGAGGCAAAGACAGGAGGGCAAGAGAGUAAGGUGAGAAAGAACGAGUGAGGGGGAGGAGAGGAGAGGAGGGGAGAGAGGGAGGGAGAUGAUGGGGUCAGAGAGGACAGCCACCCACCCCGGGGACGUCACCCUCCAGAGGAACCGCGGGGCUCCGGCGGCGGCAACGCCCAUUUGGGGCGGUAUAAAGCCGAGCUGAAACGUGACACCAGGUUGGGACUCGGGUCAGUAGGCGUGAAGUGAGACUCGGCCGCAGUCUGGAGAGUGUCUUCCGCCGGCUCUGGGUUGUUUAUUCGUUGCUAUGAAGACCUCGCUGUUCCUGACAGCCCUCUCCAUCCAACUCUGCAUUCACUUGGCUGAAGUUUCUGGAAUGAGGGAGGUCCUGACCAGGUACCAGGGAGAAAACGCCACCCUUCCGUGUAGGUAUGAGGAGGAAAGUUUCUCGCUGCAGAAUCACUAUUUCUCCUGGCAGCGGCAGAUGACGAUGAUCUACUCGUUUGAGGACCAAGUAGCUGAACAGUACGGACACCAGGUCAACUCUGUUGGCGGUGUGGAGAGAGGGAACCUAUCUAUCCAAAUCAACAACGUCACGCCGUACGAUGAGGGCCUCUACACUUGCUACAUCUUCAAAAAACAACAGCUGGAGAGGUCAAAAAUCGGCGAGUGUGAAGUCUUUCUGUUGGUUAAAGCCAAUUUCAGCACGCCCACCAUCGUGGGCCCAAAUCCGGAACGGGUACAACCUGGGGACGUGGUGAACCUGACCUGCCACUCGUCCGGUGGAUAUCCCAAGCCCACAGUGAAUUGGACAGACGGGGAGAACCGACCGUUACUCGGUACGAGGCAGGACGACUUCAGCCAAGAUGGCGUCUUGAGGCUGUGGAACAUCAGCAGUAUGAUCCAGGUGAAAGUGUCCGCCAAAUCCAGCUUUGCCUGUACUGUCGUCAACACACGGACAAACAGGAGCACCACCUCCCCUGCCUGGUCUGUCAAUACCCCUGCCCCCACUGCUACCCCUUCCCCCCUUGUUCCCACUGUUCCCCACGUGGCGAUCAUCGUACCAUGUGUCGUGCUCUGCCUUAUCGCCUUGGUCGGGCUCUUCCUCUGGUUGAAGCUCCACUGUCGCUACACAGGUGUCCCCAGCAAAGAGGUGGAGGUACCUCCAGCGACUAAUCAGAUAGAGAUGACUGAGGUUUGAGGCACACACCAGGAGUGAGUACUGGAUUCCUCCCGUCAGAACUACCAGUGAGAGCAGAGAGAAAGAAUGUUCCUGGAAUAACUUGCUGGAGAUGGUGAUGAACCAGAACAGGUGCCAAGUUUGGCAGUCUCCAGGUGCCCGGACGGACAGGUACUGGCAGAGAGACCAGUUUCAAAACCUACCCAGGGACAGUCCGACAGGAGGAAGUUUGGACAUGGAGCUGUCGAUCCCAUCCCAUAAAAACUCACAACUACAGAAGCACCAGAAAACUCAUCCUUGAGAUUUUCGAAGAUGGGCUGAACCUGGGGACACUUUGCAAGACUGCCCCAGGACAAUGGACUGGCGGACUGCUGUCGGCAGAGCCUCUGCCCCAGGACAAUGGACUCUGGCGGACUGCUGUCGGCAGAGCCUCUGCCCCAGGACAAUGGACUGGCGGACUGCUGUCGGCAGAACCUCUGCC